AUGGAUAUAAAAACACUUCUUAAUAAGGAAGAACUACCAACGAGUCCGACCUCAUCGUCAAGUAGUGAUUCUACUGACUCGGAUCAAAUCGUUGAGAAUGAUCGACCAUACGAUUGUAAUUGGCAAAAUUGUUUAAAAGCUUUUUCGAGAAGAUCGGACCUAGCGAGACAUCGAAGAAUUCAUACCGGAGAACGUCCAUACCAUUGUGAGUGGCCUGAUUGUGGGAAACAAUUCAUUCAGCGGUCCGCUUUGACGGUUCACUUUCGUACUCACACCGGCGAGCGACCCCACGUAUGCGAAUAUCAAAAUUGCAAAAAAUCUUUUAGUGAUUCAUCCUCAUUGGCGCGACACAGGCGAACACAUACUGGUAAAAGACCUUAUGUAUGUCCACAUAUUGCAUGUGGAAAAACUUUUACUCGGCGCACUACUCUUACAAGGCACCAACGAGCGCAUAAUCCACACUGGAAAGAAUAUAACAAGUAA